UCACAGUGGAGGCGUUACUUCCGGUUUGGAAUAACAAGGAAGCAGAGGAUGUUUGAAAGCUCAGCAGUGCUUGUUACAUGCCUACACUGCUGUGAGCUGCCUGAAGCAGAAGGUCCAUGCUUGUCAAGCCUGACUUUUGUCUUUUUUAUUUGGUGUGGAUAACUAUGGCUCAGCUCUCAGCACAAGAAGAAAAGGAAAAUGCUUCACUCAAAGAUUUGUUAUCCAGGAUUGACUUAGACGAGCUGAUGAAGAAAGACGAACCUGCGCUCAUCUUCCCCAAAACUUUGGAAGAGUUUGAAUAUGCUUUUAAUGAGCAUGGCCAGCUACGACACACAAAAACCGGAGAGCCGUUCGUCUUCAACUAUAAGGAGAGGAUGCACAGGUGGAACCAGAAAAGAUACGAGGCACUGGGAGAGAUCAUCACGCAGUAUAUUUAUGAGCUCUUGGAGAAGGACUGCAAGCUGAGGAAAGAGAUGCUCCCAGUGGACGCAACAGAAAGCGAACCGAAGAGCUUCAUUUACAUGAGCGAGGACGCGCUGACGAACCAGGACAAGCUGCUGGUGCUGAUCCAGGGCAGCGGCGUGGUGCGAGCAGGUCAGUGGGCACGACGCCUCAUCGUCAACCAGGACCUGGACAGUGGCACGCAGAUCCCUUUCAUCAACAAGGCCAUGCAGGAGGGCUACGGCGUGAUCGUGCUGAACCCCAACGAGAAUGCUCUGGAGGUGGAGAGGGUCAGGGAUCCGUCUGCUGAUGCGUGGGACGAACCGGCAGAGAAACGCGAGCGCAAGGAAGAGUGCGAGGGAAAGCAAAAGAAAGACGGGCAUGAGAAGUACCGCAACCCACAGAAGGAGCGCGAGACCAAGCGCAUCCUGAUCCGGGAUAACAGUUCACCCGAGGAGCACACACUCUAUGUGUGGGACCAUUUCAUUUCCAGAUCGCACGCCAAAAACAUCUUCGUGGUUGCUCACAGCUAUGGAGGCCUGUCUUUUGUGGAGCUGAUGAUCCAAAGAGAAGAUGAGGUGAUGUCACGUGUAAGUGCAGUGGCUAUGACUGACUCGGUUCAUAACGUGUGGCACCAAGAAGCCAGCAGAUCCACCAGGGAGUGGCUGAAAGAGCGAUGCUGUAACUGGGUGUCGAGUCCUGAGCCGUUGGACACCCCAGUGGACUCAUUGCUCCCUGACUGUCGUCGCCGCUCAGCAGGCACUGAGAGGCAUGAGCUGACAUCAUGGAGUAGCUUCAAGUCCAUCUUCCGAUUCUUCAACGAACAUCUCCAGGCACAAAUGGAAGAGGGCAGAGUGGAGGAGCAGAAGGAGGAGCAGAAGGAGGAGCAGAAGGAGGAGCAGAAGGAAGAGCAGAAGGAGGAGCAGAAGGAGGAGCAAAAAGAAGAUCUGACAGAGGAGCCUAAAGAGGAGCAGAAGGAGGAAGAGGAAGAUGGCUCUACGACACUGACUACACAAAAACAUGCCAAACAUGAGGAUUUAUAGAAUACAGGAAUAGCAUCAGACCUUCUUGGCCAGGUUGCGCUCUAUUGAAUAGUUUUGCUUUUAAUGCUUUGAAAAUAUAGACCUAGGGCUGAAACCUCCUUCUAUGCUGUCCAAAGCCGUAGAGUUGGGAGCCGACAUGUAUAAAUCAGAAUAGCAUUUCUGCAUUACACAAUUAUCAAAGCAAUAUAUACUGCUUGUGCCUCCCCCUGGGCUACUGUGUGGGUUUGGUUGCCAUAUUAAGGCUGUCAGGUGACACUGCACAGUACCGUUAAGUGCCCUGACAUCACUCUAAACUCACCUAAUGUGCACACACAGGUUUAACCCACAGGUCAUUUAGCCCACUUUAACGUUGAACAGUUUUUUUUUUAUUCAGUUUUACCCACUUUUACAUUGAUAAGGGUCUUGAAAGUCAUAAGAAAUUUUCAUCCUUUUCAUUUUACAUCAAGGAUAUUAGCACUACAUUAAAGGAACUUAUUUUGCAUAUGUAAUAUGCAUAUGCUUUUGGAAGUAUACCUUUAGACUCAAGGUUUUACCUCACCAUUACAUUCAUACCCACAUCAUAAAGAUUAAACCUACAAAAGUAUUUUUAACUAAACUUAAAACGACAUAUUAAGAAUGAUUUUAGCCAUAUAUUCUCCAUUUCUAUGUUUAAAGACAUUUUGGAAUUUAUGACCUUAAAAUGAGGGUUACUGAUUUCUAAAUCAUAAAAUUAGUUUGCCUUUCAAAAUGUCACAUGCUAUUUUUCAUGUACGCCAGUUAAGUCUCACAAUUUAAUAUCACACUGACAUCCGCUGCUUUUGCUAAAGCACAUAAUGUCACUUUCUUAGCAUAAACAAAAGACAAAUAGAACAAUGUGGUAUUAGUCAAGGCUUAAGCUGUCGCUCAGACAUGACAGCACGUCACCCUGCUUUAACUGAACCUUUUUGUAGAUGGACUAUUUGAAUAUUUGUAAGCAUAAUUUGCAUAUUUUAACAAAUUUGACCAAAUGAUCAUCUUUUAGUCAAAAUUAGUGUGAUGUGGAGAAAUAUUGAGAAAUGCACUAAAUCUAUCAACAUUAAACUGCUUUUAGUUUUGUCAACAGCAUUAUUAGUUUAGAAUUAAAUUGUAAGUAGUUGUGUAUUGCAGCGAGACCGGAAAGUAAAAGCUUUGGAAUUUGCAUAUUGGUACAUUGAUUUAAAAAAAAAAAAAAAAAAACACCAAGAAGACACUACUCUUUUUUUAUUUUAUUUUAUUUUAUAAUACAUUCAACCAAGCUAUCACCCAAGACCUGCAAACUUAAACCAAAAUCAAAAUAUAUAUUUCAUAUGUAAGUCAUGAAUCAUCUUUUUAAUCUAUUAAUUUCUACCUUUUAUGAAGUCCUAUUUGCUGUCAAUAGACUCAUAUUUUAUUGCAAAAGUAGUUUGUUUUUAUUCAUCUUUUUUCCUGUGUUUGUAUUGUCUUUUUUUAAAUGACAAAAAUGAACAGGAGUAGUUUUCAAACUUUGACCCAAGUGUAAUUUAUGACCAUAAUUUUAGCCUAUUAUCUUUCAUAGAGACCUGGUCACUUUUACAAUUUAUUUUCGCUUUCUUUUCAUCCAAAUGCACACAAAUUAUUUUGCCUUAAAUAAACGCUUU